AUGCAGUGCUAUGAGCGGCACUCUGUUAGUGAGAACUGCCUGGGGACCAAGGUCCUUUGCGACCGGCAGGGACCCGAGAGUGAGCAAUGCUUUCAAUCUCGGAAACGCCCACAGUUCCAAAUAGGGCUAGAAGAAAACUGCAAGGUCGAUCCCAGUAGAUCCAGCGAAGCCUGUGUCGGGACCGAAGAAUGGUGCGGGAGAGGCCCCAUUGUCAAGAUAUGGGGGUCCAGCAAGAACUGCAUAGACUACCGACACCGAGACGGGACCCAGCAAUCGCAUCCGUGGGAAGAGGGAAGCGGAUGUCACGAGAAGACAGAGGGCUGCCUUGGAACGUUUUCCUGGUGCGCACUUUACUACUGGGCGACUUAUUCGAGCCAAGAGGCCUGUUUCGGCGACCGCAAGCCCCGGCCCACGGACAACAAGAAGGGACCGUGGAAAUUCCCAGACGUUUCCUACUUUGCCGACUCCGAGAUCAGUAGGGGCACUGAGGCCCUAUGCACCGAAAUCAGGAACCCGGAAAUACGGACUAGCUGCUACAACGCUCGGGAGCCGGCACCCUGGAGAUUCCCAUUCUCCGCGGAUUGCCCGGUGACAGGGGAUCUGGAGGAUGAGCGGUGCAUGGGCUCACAAGCUUGGUGUGAGUACCAAAAGGGAAUCUACGGAACACUCGAGGGAUGUCUUUCGAUCCGCCAACGAGCCCCCAAGCACUCCAAUCUCGACUGGAAGUAUGGAGAAGAUUGUGCGAAGCGGUCCGAGAAAUGCCUUGGAACGCUCAAGGCAUGCUCUCUGUUCGAGAGGGCGAGGUUGAAACAAGACUGCGUUGCAGCAAGAUGGAGCCCGGGAUUCAUCCUGCCCAAUUCAAAAAGCUGCAACAAGGAGGGGGAGCCCAACGAGCGUUGCUCUGGGACAUUCGAGUGGUGCGUCGACCACUGGAGCAAGGGGGGCUAUAGCGGCGAGGCGGCAUGCUUCAGCAAGCACGGGUUCGACGCUGUCCGUUUCGAAAAUUCGAUUAUUUCUCUCGUGGCUCCGGCGGUGCAAGAGAAGAUUCUCGACGUUGCGCAAAACGUCACAACCAAGGCCUUGUUCCAGGCGCUAGCCGUCGACGGUCAGUCGCGCCAGUCGGCCAUGAAGUCGACAAAAGAGUUCCUGGCCCAAUAUUUCGAGAAGCUCAGGACGGCCCUGAUGCGAGAGGGGUGGGCCGAGCAGGCUGUCAAGAAGGCUCUUUCAUCGGCCUAG